AUGAAGGUGGGCCCGCAGGGCCUGCUGUUGGUGCUGCUUGCAGCUACCUCGACAGCACUCAAAUAUGAUCCAGAUUUCCUCGAAUACAACCUUAAUCAAAAUCAAACGGCUACACAUCCUAUUGAUUACUGGGGGGAGUGGGAAGGACACGAGUUCACACCUUCGCCAGAGGAUUGGAGAUUUCCUUUCUACACACUCUUCCUGGACAAAUUUGCAAAUGGAGAUCCAACGAACGACAACAUAAACGGAACUGUCUUUGAGCAUGAUUUGAGCUCGAAUCAAAUGCGCCAUGGAGGCGAUGUUGUUGGUCUUGUGGAUACUCUUGAUUAUCUGCAAGGCAUGGGCAUCAGGGGACUCUACUUGGCUGGUUCAAUCUUUAUGAAUCAACCGUGGGGUGCUGAUGGCUAUUCACCGCUUGACUUGACAGUACUGGACCAGCAUUUCGGCACUAUUGCAACCUGGCGAGAAGCUAUCAAUGAGAUCCACCGCAGAGGCAUGUAUGUGCUUAUCGAUAAUACGAUGGCAACUCUUGGUGAUCUCCUGGGUUUUGAAGGCUAUUUGAACACAACUACUCCCUUUACUCUAAGCGAGCACAAAGUUCAGUACAAAAGCAAACGGCAGUAUUUGGACUUCGAGAUUGGCAACGAGUACAACGAGACAUGCAGUUACCCUCGGUUUUGGCUAGAAACAGGCUACCCUGUUGGCAGUGACGUGACAAGCCGAAUGAAGGGUUGCUUCGAUAGCGAGUUCGACCAAUAUGGCGACACUGAAGCUUUCGGUGUCUUCCCUGAUUGGCAACGUCAGUUGUCGAAAUUCGCGUCCGUCCAAGAUCGUCUUCGCGAAUGGCACCCACCUGUACGAAGCAAGCUACAGCGCUUCUACUGCAUAUUGAUUGCUAUGCUGGACGUUGAUGGCUACCGGUAUGACAAAGCUACACAGUCAACUGUCGAUGCUAUGGCCGAAAUGAACGCCUACUUACGCCAGUGUGCCGCCCGUUAUGGCAAAAACAAUUUUUUCCUCCCAGGAGAAAUUACUGGUGGAAACACGUUUGGCGCUAUUUACGUUGGCCGUGGAAGACAGCCAGAUAUGCUCCCUGAUUCCAUCUACGAUGCUGUUAUGAUGACCAAUAACUCGCAAGAAAGAUUUUUUAUCCGUGAGCAUGAAAAUGGGGCGCUCGACGCUGGUGCGUUCCAUUAUUCAACGUAUCGUUCUCUGACGAGGUUUUUGGGAAUGGACGGGAACCUUGCCGCUGGAUAUGACUCGCCUGUCAACUGGGUUGACGCUUGGAACACCUUCCUUCUCACGAAUGAUUUCGUCAACGUAAACACGGGCAAAUUUGACCCUCGCCAUAUGUUUGGGGCCACCAAUCAGGAUGUUUUCCGAUGGCCUGCCAUUAAGAAUGGGACCCAAAAGUUCCUCCUCGGACAAUAUAUCAUGACAAUCCAUCUACCAGGCAUUCCACUUCUUCUGUGGGGUGAGGAGCAAGCAUUCUACGUUCUCGACAACACCGCAUCCAAUUACAUUUUCGGUCGUCAAGCAAUGACCUCUGCCACAGCCUGGCAGAUUCAUGGGUGCUACAGAUUGACUUCGACGCAAUACUAUCAGUUCCCGUUGGAGAAGGCUCUGGACGGCUGUAAUGAUCCAACCGUUAGUCUUGAUCACAGAGAUCCGUCCCAUCCCAUCCGGAACAUUAUUCGUCACAUGUUCCAAAUGCGCAAAGACUUCCCGGUGCUCAACGACGGCUAUUCUCUGACUCAGCUUUCAAAUCAGACUACUCAGGUUCAGUAUCCAGGUUCGGGCGGUGUAGCCACGGAGACUGGAAUGUGGUCCGUUCUGAGAAGCCGCUUUGAAGGCGUGCAAGACCUUGGAGGCGAGAAUGGUAACCAGUCGGUGUGGCUUGUGUACCAGAACGACAACCGAACAAUUGACUACACAUUCGACUGCAGCAACAACGAUACUGGUCUCAACAUCACCGCUCUGAUAGCGCCGUUUGAUUCUGGAACCAUCGUCAAGAACCUUUUCUUUCCGCAUGACGAGCUCGAGCUGGAGGACAGUGUCCGUACCCUAGGCUUUGAGGGAAGUACGAAACCAAAUGGGUGCGUCUCCUCCUUGAGGAUGGAACCGUGGGAUUUCCGAGCAUAUGUUCCAAAGGACAAAUGGAUUGCUCCAAAACCGAUGAUCACAAAAUUUCUCCCUGGUCAUGACGCCCGUUUGAACUCUACGGUUGCGGCUGAUGGCGUCGAGUCAGUGAACGUUGAGAUCCACUUCUCCGCAGAAAUGGACUGUGCCAGCGUAACCGAAUCCAUAACGUUUAAUUCCACAACAAUCUCUGGCAACAAGCCUACUGUAAACACGGGCAGCGUUUCUUGUGACCCUCUAGGUGAUUCAGAACCACCAGAUUAUAUCGGUGGAAUUGCCGGAGCCUGGAAAUGGUCAGCGACAUUGGAUGGGGUCGAAAAUGGCAUCCAUCAACUGACACUCAGAAAUGCUUCCGUGGCGGGUGGUGGCGAUGGAACCAAUGCCGUUGACCAUUUUCUGUUUCGCAUUGGUCAAACAAAGAACCCCAUGGUGUUUCCUUUCCAAGCCAAUUAUACCACUGACCUCCUGCACAAGGAUGAAAAAGGUGAUUUGUAUGUUUCGCACAACGCGGCCGGUGCUGACAAGUGGCGAUAUUCUCUGAAUUGGGGUACCACCUUUUCCGACUGGAUGCCCUACAGAGGCGGCAAUGACUCAGUGCCGAGCCAGCCUUGGUCAGGCACGAAACUACAGGCAUGGAAAGGGGACCACGUUCGACUCGAGUACUGGAGUCGUCUAGCCGGAAGCAGCGAUCAUGUUCAGCAAGGGGACUUAGACUCCCAGCAAACUCCCCGUCGAUUUCCUCAUCUGUUUCUCAAUGGACCCUAUAAUCAGUAUGGGUACGAUGCAGGUUUGAAGAACGACCUUCAACUCGAAAGCGACCAACGUUGGAAGCAUACAUUCAUGACUGAAUGGCCAGCAGUGGCUCAGAUCAAUGUCUGGGGCGUCAAUCCUGAUGGUCAGCCGGAUCAGUCUUUUGUGCUAGGUGACGCAGAUGGCGAUAGUGUCUUGGACAGAUUACCACCAUCCGCACUCUCAGCUGUCACGUUGAACAUUACGCAGCAUCCUCCAAGCCCAUAUUUGGCAUGGCGCAUUGAACUCAAUGACGGCAAUCUUCGGUUUCGUCUCCUGCCCGUAGGAUCGAAGUACCAGCAAAUGGCAAUGUUCUUCUUGCUGUGGAUAAUCCCCAUCAUUACUGGAGCUAUUGGGGUGUGGGCGUUCAUGAAGUCUUUCUACCAGGUCAAAUUCAACCAGAUUGGUAUUUCGGAGAAGAGUACUUUGAUUCCACUGGCUGUGCGCCGAGCCUUCAAGAAGAGGCAACAGAAAGAUGGCGAAUCGUUGAACCCACUGAUGAAAUUAGCCAACAAAUCUGGCUUCAUGCAGUCAAGUUCAAUGUUUGCCAACAAAGGUGCGCAUCGACGCAUGGUAUUGAUUGCAACCAUGGAGUACGACAUUGAAGAUUGGGCGAUCAAGAUCAAGAUCGGUGGUCUCGGUGUUAUGGCACAGCUGAUGGGCAAGAACUUGGGACAUCAAGAUCUCAUCUGGGUGGUUCCCUGCGUUGGAGGAGUCGAUUACCCCGAGGACCAACGAGCGGAGCCAAUGACCGUUACCAUUCUUGGCAACGCCUACGAGGUGAAGGUGCAGUAUCACGUCCUUCGCAACAUCACCUACGUUCUGCUUGACGCUCCAGUCUUUCGGCAACAAACGAAAACCGAGCCUUACCCACCCCGUAUGGAUGAUCUGGACUCUGCUAUAUACUAUUCGGCUUGGAACCAAUGUAUUUCUUUGGCCAUUCAACGCUUUCCCAUCGAUCUGUACCACAUCAACGAUUAUCACGGCUCUGUUGCUCCACUAUAUCUCCUACCACAGGCCAUUCCCUGCUGUCUUUCACUCCACAACGCUGAAUUUCAGGGCUUGUGGCCAAUGCGAACGCAGAAGGAACGUGAAGAAGUCUGCGCAGUCUUCAAUCUAGAUCCCGAAAUCGCAACGCGUUAUGUUCAGUUUGGUGAAGUCUUCAACUUGCUCCAUUCUGGCGCCUCCUACCUCAGAGUACAUCAACAAGGGUUUGGAGCGGUAGGUGUCUCCAAAAAAUAUGGUAAACGUUCCUAUGCUAGGUACCCAAUUUUCUGGGGGUUGAAGAAGGUCGGCAACUUGCCCAACCCUGAUCCUUCUGAUACCGGCGAAUGGAACAAAGAGCUCCCUAAAGAGGAAGACAUUCGAGUCGAUCCUUCAUUUGAAGCAGGUCGAGCAGAAUUGAAGCGACAAGCGCAGGAAUGGGCAGGCCUGGAGCAGAACCCGAAAGCAGAACUCAUGGUUUUCGUUGGUCGUUGGUCUAUGCAAAAGGGUAUCGAUUUGAUUGCUGAUGUCUUCCCAUCAGUACUGGAACAGCACCAAGAUGCCCAGCUCAUCUGUGUUGGCCCAGUCAUCGACCUGUACGGGAAAUUUGCUGCUUUGAAGCUGGACCGUAUGAUGAAGCUAUAUCCGGGCCGUGUCUUCUCAAAGCCCCAGUUCACCGCCCUACCGCCCUACAUAUUCUCUGGUGCUGAGUUCGCGCUAAUACCCUCCCGUGAUGAGCCGUUCGGUCUUGUCGCUGUCGAGUUUGGCCGGAAAGGGGCUCUAGGUAUUGGAGCAAGAGUUGGCGGGUUGGGACAGAUGCCAGGCUGGUGGUACACUGUGGAGAGCACAACAACGACCCAUCUGCUACACCAGUUCCACCUGGCUAUUGAAGGAGCUCUCAACUCCAAACAUGAUGUUAGAGCAAUGAUGAGAGCAAGGUCUGCAAAACAGCGAUUCCCAGUGGCACAGUGGGUAGAGGAUCUUGAGAUCUUGCAAUCAACGGCCAUUCGGAUCAGUAAGAAGGAAAUUCGCAAAGGUCAUGGGGAGCGAUCAUCGUCUCCUGGCGGUAACACGCCCUUCAGAUCUAUCCAGGAUGGUCGAGAAACGCCCAUCGGGAUGCAAACACCACCCAUGUCGCAUUCUAGAAGCAACAGCUACGUCGGUUUGAACCGAUUGAGCCAAGUCGGCCCACAGUCCAGGAAUACUAUCGUGUAUAGUCGGGAUCAAAGUCCGGGUGGGUUUGAGGAGAGACCAAAGACCGGCCUCAGCCGUCAGCUCUCUCUCGGUGUCAGAUCUGGCCCUGGUCAUUUACAACCACCAGGCAAUGAGCGGCGAGGGAGAAGAAGACUGCAGAAAUCAACCCCUUCAGCAGUGCCCGAAGACGAAGACGAGAACGCUGUUGGUGUGGCAGUCACAGAUUAUGAUGACGAGAGCGACGAAGAUAUCAUACCGAGUUAUUAUGGGGACGAUGAGUACACUUUGACGCCCGAGGAGGCCGAGGCCAGUCGGAGAUUGCAUCAUUCUGGUGGAGCACCACCGCUACCACCCAUCGGUCGGGAGUUCUUGUCACCAAGAAAAUCGAGCCAUGGCCCUCCACCAGGCGAUAGCCCCCAUGCAUCUUUCCUACGAGCAUCCAAUACCCCCCCUUCUAUGCCUGGCACACCUCGUGCUGAUGAGGGACUUCUCCCACCGGCACGACCAUUCGCAGGGGAUUCAGUCUCCAAUCGGCUCAGUAAUGCUUCUAUGCUAUCUCUCGAUUCUGUAGUUGGCGAUAAGAAGGACUUCAAUCUCCAGAAGGUGGAUCCGUUCUUCACCGAUAGUACCGGGGAGUUCUACGACGCAUUCUCCAAGAGGCUGGAAAAACUCAAUGGAGACAACUCCGAGUCGCAACUCUGCAUUGAGGACUAUCUUGUAAAGUCGGAGAAGAAAUGGUUCCAACGUUUCAGAGACGCCAGAUUGGGUCGUACGCACUCUCCAUCCCCGUCGAUCUUCCACAAAAAGGGUGGUUCUCGUGCGCCUUCACCCGCUGGCUCUAUAUUUAACGAGGACCUCGACAGUCGAGGAUCUGGUUCCGACGGCAAGGAAGGCUCGGGUGAUGAAUUCUUGCUCGGCAAAGACUACGUUCCACCGACCGGGUUGAAGAAAUGGAUGCAAAUGCGUAUCGGAGAUUGGCCUGUCUACUCGUUCUUCCUUGGCUUUGGCCAGAUCAUUGCAGCCAAUUCCUACCAGAUCACUCUUCUGACUGGAGAAGUGGGUCAGACUGCCACCAAGCUCUACGUGAUUGCCUCCAUCUACUUGGUUACGUCGAUCCUGUGGUGGUUCGUGUUCCGUUCAUUCAAAUCCGUGGUUGCGCUCAGCACGCCAUUCUUAUUCUAUGGUGCCGCCUUCUUCUUCAUCGGUUGUGCUCACUUCGGCACUUCCGAGGACACCCGAGGCUGGAUCCAAAACAUUGGCACGGGCUUGUAUGCUACCGCCUCAUCAUCUGGUUCGAUCUUCUUUGCACUCAACUUUGGUGACGAAGGUGGUGCUCCCGUCAAAGCGUGGGUCUUCCGUGCCUGCGUGAUUCAGGGAACGCAACAAGCGUAUGUGGUAGCACUCUGGUUCUGGGGCUCUUACCUCACCAAGAGGACCAAUGCGGGUGUGUACGAAGGCACGCCCAUUGCGGACACAUGGAAAAUGAGUGCUAUCACGUUCCCCAUUGCUAUCAUGCUGUGGGUUGUUGGCACGUUGAUGUGGCUUGGACUUCCCAAUUACUAUCGUCAAGCACCAGGCAAGGUUCCAUCCUUCUACCGGUCCCUCACUCGCCGUAAGAUCAUUCUUUGGUUCUUCGUGGCUGUCGUCAUCCAGAAUUUCUUCCUUUCGGCACCUUAUGGCCGCAACUGGGCUUUCCUAUGGAGCAGUAAUCACACACCCGCCUGGCAGAUCGUGCUGCUUGUCAUCUUGUUCUUUGGUAUCAUCUGGGCUCUCUUCCUCUGGAUCUUCUCCGUGCUGUCCAAGGAUCACUCCUGGAUUCUCCCCGUCUUCGCUAUUGGUCUGGGCGCACCUCGAUGGGCACAAAUCUGGUGGGGUACGUCCAACAUUGGGCAGUACGUACCAUGGGCCGGCGGGUACACUGCGGGAGCACUGGUCUCGAGAUCGUUGUGGCUAUGGCUUGGUGUACUGGAUUCACUCCAAGGUGUCGGCUUUGGCAUGAUCUUGCUACAGACGCUAACCCGAGUCCACAUUGCCUUCACUCUCCUGGCUGCUCAAGUGUUGGGUUCCGUUGCCACCAUAUGCGCACGAGCGUUCGCACCCAACAGAAUUGGCCCUGGACCAAUUUCGCCGGAUAUCUCGGGUGGUGUUUCAGCGUUGUGGGAGCCCUGGUUCUUUAUCUCUCUCGCUUUCAAUUUGCUCAUCUGCGCUGGCUUCUUCCUUUUCUUCCGCAAGGAACAACUCUCUAAGCCAUAG